CAAAGGUUCUCUUCCACUUUUUGGAUUCUCAGUCUCCAAAAAAGUUUGGAGUCAAAAACGUCCCAGAGUCUCCCGGUAGAUACAAAUAUCGUGUCUGAAAACAAGAGGUUCUCUUUAAAAAAAAAAGCUGCUAAUAAAUUGUUGUCUGUUGCAUAUUCAUAGUGGUGGGAAGCACCACACUGACUCUGCUCAAAGAGUCUGAAACCACAUCCUUAGUCACGCUUGUGACUAUGACGCCCGACAGCCUCAGCUUUGUUCCGCUUGGCGUUCUCACACAGACAUCAGCGCAUCUGUGACUCUGACGCUUCGCUCACCGGUAAAGUUGCUGGAGUUUUAAUUAGAAUACGCUGUUAGCAGCGGGUGGCCCCAUGGCUCCCCAACAUGUGUUCUUUUUCUUGCUGUGGUGCCUCGCUCUUUUCCUUCAUGGAGCAUCUACAUCAUUUUGCAAUGUCACCUGCUGGACAGACUACGAUGAGUUGUUGAACUGUUCGUGCGCAGCCUCUGUGCCGAUGAAUCCCCUUAACAUCAGUGUCAUUUGCAGGGGUGAAGAUGAAGACGUUGAUGGCAGCUGUGUUAUCCGACCGCCUCAGUCCUGGUGUCAAAUUGAUAAGCCCUUUAUUGAUGUUGCAUCAGUUGGAACAGUCUGCAGCACGACAGUCAGUGAAGAAGGCAGCUCAUUCAUAAAUGAGUCAUCCAGCUGGAACCUGAGUGAAGUGGUGAAACUUAAGCCUCCUUUAAACGUUCAAGUUGAAAACGCAGCGGAAUUCUACAACAUAACCUGGAGCCAUGACAGCACUGCCGCCGACUGCCUCAGAUACAGAGUCCGCAUAAGAACGAGCGAAAACUUGUUGAAGGAUCCAGUUUUCUCCAAGGAAAGAGUGUCAGAAAUGCAAAUUCUGAUAAACCACAAUGAACUACAACCACUUACCAAUUAUACUGUGGAUGUUCAAGCCACAUUUUGUCGUACAUAUGUCCUUCAGGGUCCAUGGAGUGAAUGGAGUUCCACUACAAACUGGAAAACAGAGGCGUUAAAUGUCAAAGGUACUUGGUGGCACAUCUUCCUGCCCAUCAUUAUGGUCUUCUUUUUUUGCCUGUGUCUGUGUUAUUCACAGAAAACGUAUUGGCAGAGAAAACUUCAGGUGAUUACGUACAUCCCGAGGCCGGAUGAGUUUUUCAAACCCCUGUAUCACAACUACGAAGGGAACUUCAAGGAAUGGGUGAAGCCUGUAUUCAGUGAAUAUGAUUACCUGAGGAUCAGUCCAAAUGUUCAGAUGAUGAGUGAGAAGCAGCAUGACAUACUUCACUGGAGCGACGAGAAGCAGCGAGACAAUGAGGACAACGAGACGAAUCAAGGUGGCGACAUCCACCACAUGCUGCAGCCUCACAGCAACAUGCUGCUGCACUUUCCAGACGGUGACAGUUCACAGGGCAACAGCCACUCCACUGGACACAUCUCCAUCCAUACUGUAACCUUAUCUGGAGAAGAUUUUGAUGAGGAAGUUACAUCACAGAGCUCCCUCAGAAGUUACCAAGAUGGAGCAAGCUUGGGUUCCUUUGAGGAAGACAACAGAGAGCAUGCCAGCUAUGCUUUAGAGGAGCCUCACAUGUCCAGGAUGAACAGACAAAGUGGGGUAUUACCACAGCAUGAAAACCGCAUAUCCAAUGACCUACUAGUGGAAAACCUAAACUUCCAGCCUCAUGAUCAGUUUAAUGAACCAGAGAGGGUAUCCCUUGACUCGUUUGAGCAGUCAGAAGAUGGCUACCCUCAUGUGGACCUGGACACAAUUGAUAGUGGUUUUGGGGAGUGUGGCAGCCCCGGAGCAUCAGACUCAAAUACAGCAGAUCAGAUCAACUCUGAUUUAUUUCAUCAGCACACGAACUCAAAUUCAAAUUAUGUUAAGCAGUGGAUGAUAAUGUAGCACUAUUCAAGAAGACUCAAGCCACCUGGAGAAUGAACUCCAUGAAUCACAAUGAUUCAAAGUCGACUGACUGCUACCGUUUCAGAUUGUUGGGCUGUGGGGCACACGUUUAUUUAAGACUUGGAUUUGUUGAUGAUAUUUGAAUUAGAAAAAGAACCUAGUUGAGUGGUCAUGCUGUAAUGUUGUGUAUUUUUUAUAGUUGAAUGUUUUUUUUUCUUGCACUAUAGUCUUGUUCCGUUAUUUUAAAAGAACAGCUCCAAGGGAGAGGAGAGAGAGAAAGAGACUCUAUGCCUGAAAAUAUCAGUAGAUAAAAAUAAAUGAAAUAAAUAAUAUUUAAUAAAAAUACAGUGAUUCUGUGAAAUGCAAAUUCAUUUACAUACAUACUUAUAAGUGUUGAUUUAAUUUAAUAAUAAAAUGCUGCAAAAGUCUGAUUAGUUCCAUGCUGACUCAACAGAUUUUAACAAAUCCUCAAUCAAAAUUCUGCUUUGAUUUAGAUUGCCUGAACAUUUUUUGAAAUCCAAUUAUUUUCUCAUGGUCAUGCAUGCUUUGUUAGUUUGUUACUAUCAAAGCAUGGUUUGUUAGCAUGCAUGCUGCCUUAUCAAGAUAUUGAUAAUGUCUGUUUUCCUUGCAAAUGCAUUUUGGCAGAAACCACUGAAAGUCCUGCUUUGUGCAAUGUCAGACAAAAGUGCAAAUUUGGAGCAAAAUGUUAUCUGAGGAUGAUUAUUUCACUGGUCUUCAUCUCAUUCAUCAGCAGGAAGGAGACAAAUGCGUCAGAAAAACUUCAUCUCCUGUUGUAAAGAGUCUGCUUGUGUGUCUUCUUUCUUCAGACAUUGUGUUUCACUUGAAAGUGUUAAAUGUAACUUCAUCCAUAUUUAAAACAGUUUAAAACAUUGAUCAGUAAAAUAAAAGUGUCAACACAAUCAAUGAAUAA